GUAAUCCAUAUUCAUCCGCUUCGAGUUCCUGCCUCACGCGCUUCAGAGCAAGCGGAACCCGGAUGGAACUGUCAUGGCUGCCGUCACUGACCUGCCAGUCUGAAGAGAAAAGAGAGGAACCUUUAUUCUAAAACAUGGAGGUUGACUUGACAACACCAGAUGAUCCCCCUGAAAGCCAUGACCAGAGCCAGGAUGAUGACACUUCGCUGGUCCAGGUUUUGCCUCUUGAUUUUCCUUCACAUCAGCUUCCAGAGACAGGUUCUUGCAAUGAGCAUGGUGACCAAGAUGAAACAGUCCCUGAGGAGUCAAGUACCAAUCAUCUUCACACAGACAGCAAAGCUCCUGGAAGGAUGCAGCAGGGUGCGAUCUUCUCUGGAAAAAUACUUAGUUUCUGUUGCUCUGAAUGCAAAGACGACACCACUUACAGCCCUAAUGACUUGCUUAAACAUUUUCAAGGUGCUCACAAGGGAACCCUUCCAACGUAUCCGUGUGACCUCUGCUCAUUUUUCACCAAUGAGUUUUCUGCCCUUCAGAGACACCGCAUUGGACAUCGAAACACUUUAGUCACAUGCGAAAUUUGCAAUGACGGGGUGCAGUAUUCGCUUCUUUGGCUCACCAGGCACUUCACCAACUGCCACAGCCACAAUGGACAUUUCCGCUGCAAAAAGUGUGAGUUUUCGACAAGAGAUGCAGGAACAUUUGUUCAACACAUUCAUCACCACAACGAACGAAAUCACAAAUGUGUAAAAUCUCCGCACGUUAGCCCGGCGCAAGGAGACCUUCAGAGGCAUAACCAGGUGCAUUCUGGGACUUUUCCUUUCUCCUGUCAGAUUUGUGGCUACAGUGCAGCUCGUAAAGAGUACCUGAGCAAGCAUCUUACUGUGACACACGGCGAUGAGGUGGACAGGACAAACAAGUGGAGAGCAAAUGAGGACAAUUCUGGUGUCAAUUCAUCUGGACUAAAACUGUUCCUUAAAAAGACUCCUCCAGGUGGAGCACCUAGAGAACAACAGUGGAUGUCAAAACUAAACUCCCUCCCUGCUGUAGGUCUGCUCGAUCAGAAUGGCAGAUUGUUUAAUCCUGAAAAAACUUUGGAGGAAACCCAGCAGUUCCUUGAGAGAGCUGUUGGAGUUACAAAAGAGAGUAAUAAAUGGACAAAGUCUCCCCUAAAGAGUGAGCCGCACCCCAUUUCAUCGUCAACACCGCAACCGCAAAAGUUACAAGAGCAUGAGAGUAGUCCUGCACGAGAACUUCUGUAUCCAACCAACAGUAAUGGACUGACUGUUCUUAUGGUGAAAAAUAAAAUUUCAAUUCCACCAAAUUGCACCACUAAAGUCAUCGGCUUUAAGAUGGUAGAUGGUAAAAAACACUUAGUUCUUAAAGUCAUACCAGCAAAACAAGAGGACUCCACUGAAAGUGAACUCUAUAAUUCACACAUUGGUGAAGAUAAAGAAAAAACGACAAGUAACCCAAGCUCCUCAUUCUCACCGAUCUCUCUUGUCAGUUUAGAGUCUGGAGAAGCGAACGAUUCUGGUGCUAAAAAGGAUUUGAAAUCUUCAGUAAAAGAACAGUCAAAGGAAGUUGAAAAUCACAUUGACAACCAUCUUCCCUUGAUAGAGGAUCCCAAAGUAAGCUCUCAGAAGGCAAAUAAAGCAGGCUCUCCUUCUGUCUCAAAAGAUCUUACACUUUCCCCAUCUCAGAGAAGUCAAUCCAACGGGAGGUCAUCACCUCAUGAGGAAAGUGAAGGAAGGUCUAAUGAUGACAUCCAGCUAGAAAGUCCACCCAACGCACUUCCUGGUUUAAGUUGCACUGACAUGCCAAUGGCUAAAAACAAAUCAUUUAAAGAUAAAACUAUAUUGUUGGAUUCAGUUAGGGAUGAACCCUCAGUAUCUGCAGAUGAAACCACAAUUUCCAAUGCAAAAUCAGACUUGGAGACAACCAUUUCUGUGAUCUCAGAGGAAUCACAUAUCCAGAAUUCCGAUAAAUACUGUAGUAAAGUUUUUUCUGAAGAUUGUGAAUCAUGUAAUAAUACAGAAGGGAAUGCCCUUAUUAAAAAUCCUUUAGAGAAAAACACAGUCCACAGUUUAUUGUCUGAAGAGGGACUUGAUUCUGACAAACUUGACACCUUAUUUGAGACGACAUUGUCCUCAAAUAAAGUGGUUAAAGAUCAAAUUCAAUUUCCCCCCAAAGUUAGCUAUGCUUCUUUUGACUCUAAAAACAUCACCGUUUUAAAUUGCAAGUCCUCUGAAGUAACUAAAAAAGAUACAAAUGUGAGUACUAGUAAAGGUAAAUUAAAAGAUACCAAAGAUUGUAAUGCAGAUAUUGUAAAUAACUCUCUCACUUCCCCAAGUCAAGAAGUAUUUAGUUUUCACAAUUAUUCUAAAGACACCUCAGGCAGCUCACCUGAGUCACUGCAGCCUGAUGAAGAUUUACCGCAGGGGUUGGAGGAGGAAGAGGAGGAGUGCGAGGAAGAUUAUGGUGACUGGAGCUUAACUCUGCCUGCAUCUCCUCCUCUUCCAAAUGAUCAAUCUGAAGAAGAUUUAGAAAGUAGCAAAGAGGGUGGGGCUAAUGACAGUGACGCAAUCGCUGAAAGUGGAGAGAGAGCAUUAGAAAGAGUCUCGGACAGCGAUAUAGAGGUGGAUGAGUGCAUAGCUACUGUUGACGAUUCACUGCUUCCUGAGAAAGAGCAAGAAACUGCUUAUUUGUCUGUCACGGACACGAACCAGGAAGGUGCCGCCGACGUGGGCGACAAGUCGGGAGUGAAUUUGAACAAUGCGGCCGUUUUGGGCAAGAUACUUGAAAAGCACUCUGAUGCCAUCAUCAGUCAGCAACUUGAGAAGGAGAGAGUAAGGAAUACAGUACAAGAAACUGUCCGGCCAACCAAAACCACACUUAGGAUCUUGCAGACACCUGAAGGAAAACAGCAGAUGUUCCUUCAAACUGCGGAGAAUCCGUACGCUGUGCCGGUUCAGCUAAAAAGUGGCGCUGGUUUCAAGUUGAUUACCAAGUCAAGUUCUCCCAAUAUUAAUGUGUCCUAUGUACCUGGUAUUGAGACGCCUAAUAGUACCACAGGAGUGGCGUUUACUUUAAAUGGAGGUAGAAUUGGAUUGGCCACACAAAAUUCAAGCGGAGAAAGUAAAGGACAAACAGCUGCCCAGUUGGCACAAGGCACCCAUGGAAAACGCUACUUUGUCAAUGCCUCUGCUCUUAAAGGACCUAUUUUGUUAUCAGGUGCUGUCAAGUCUUCAUCAGGGGAGCAGGCAACCAACAUCCCACAGACUUGUUAUUUAGUACAAAGACCACUCCCGGUUAGUCCGGUUAACAGUGAGUCUACUGGUGCGAGUUCUAAGACUGUUCUUUCAACCCGUCCUGUAUUGGCCAUGCCUGUCAACGCGGGAGACAAAACCGGUUCCCUACAGACUGGUAGACAAGCCUACUUGGUGAGAUACAUUUCUCCAGCUAAGUCAGGUGUGCUUGUAAAUAAUUCAGAUGGGAAAGCUUCAAACCAGGGUAACCAAGUAAAUGAAGGUGGGAAAAGAGUUUUCCUUAGAAUUGUUAGAGGUGCAAAUGGUGCCAGAUUUCUUACUACCGCUCCAUACACGACAGCCAAGAAGCCAGUAUACGUUGCCGCUAGCUCUUUACAGUCACCUUGCUUAUUUAUGUCCACAGGCCUGACAACGUCUAAUUCCCAAGGUCCUAAACUCAUCCCUGUUCAGGUUAAACAUGUCAUAUCCCCAUCAAACGUUCAAAUGAAAAGCGGCACCGAUCAUAACGUAGCAUUAAAGAACGUGCCACUCAUUCUCAGUCCCACCCAUCCACAAAGUAAAAGAAAGAGGAGGAGAAGGGCACUGUUCAAAGAGCUAAUGGAGAGCUCUCCUAAAGUGAGGAGAAUGUCAAGCAAGUCACCAGCUGACAAAGACGCUUACUCAAUUUGGGAGCCUGCGGCCAAGGACGUGGAGAGGACGUUGAGGCUCUGUCCCUUUAGUCCGCUUCAAGAAAUCAAAUAUCCCCGCCGAAACCAACCUGUUGUCGUGCUGAACCACCCUGAUGCGGACAUCCCUGAAGUCGCUAGCAUCAUGAGGUCAGUGAACAGGUACAAAGGAGAUGUUCAUAAAGUGAUGCUGUCCGAAACUACGGUUAAAGCCCUUUCCGAGCUGAACCCCACCUAUCCUCCAAAUGUACUUUCAAUGCAGAAUGCUUCCAACAGUGAUGCUGGUGCUAGACCCAGGCCAGUCGGACGCACUGUCGCAGAGAGAUUCAUAUUAAAACUUAAGUUAAAAAAGACGAGCAGGAAUAAGUAUGAGGUGGUGAGGUCCUCGUCUGGUGGUUCAGAGCAGCAGGCAAAGUUUUGUUGCUGGUUUUGCGGCCGAGUUUUCGGCAACCAAGAGGAUUGGAUCGGCCACGGUCAACGGCAUCUUAUGGAAGCAACGAGAGACUGGAAUAAGAUGUUCUGAUGCAAAUACAGAGCCCCUGGAUUGGGCUUAAUGCCAUCCUUCAUUGUAGAAAAACAGUUCUUUUAUUAUGAUUUCCUUUUUUAAUAGUACAUUAAGAUACCGUUAACCUGUCAAUAUUAUUUUUCCAUAGAUUUCUCUUCAGAAGCUUUUUAAAGGGUAUAGUGUAAUAGAAAAGAGUUUGGUACCUGAAACCAGUUUGUAUGUAAAUAAUUUUAACCCUUGUAUAUUUAAAUAUGGAAACUUUAGAGUAUGUAUAGAACGGAACUGUGAAAACUGGACACACUGUAUGUUUAUGGUGCAAGCAGGAAGAUCACUGGUAUAUAAAAGAAGGUGCUGUCUCUUAUAGACCUCUUUAAAUGCAGACAAUUGAACCGAUUCUCAGGUAAUUCCAUAAUCUUUGUAUGAAUGGUCCAGUUUAAACUUUAUGUACAAAUUUAGUUGGCUACAUUCGUCAUACCUGCAUUGUAAAAGGUCACAACACAUUUUUACUUCCCAUUAAUGUCUUGGAUGAUUUAAAAUUGUUAAAAAUGAAUGGAGUAAAUAUGUUUGGGUUAUAAAAUUGUUCGAAAUGAAUGGAAAAAAAAAAGAUUUAGGUUUUUACCUGUGAGUUUUAGUAUUAUUUUAGGAAUUGUAACAAACAUGACGAGUUCUAAAAACAAACCAAUUGGUUCCUGUGGAAGCCAUUCUUUUAAAACUAUUGCAUGUUUUUUUCCUGAGGUGGUUUGCUAUUAAUACGCUGUAUUUUCAUGUUCUCAUUUUGGUUGUUAGCGUCAGAUUUACGUUUGGCUGGUGCCAUGCAUCUCCCCUCAUUACAUCAACACAGACCCGGGGUCAUUUUAGUAGCAAUAAUGGACUUUAAAGUUGGCAUCAUUUCAGUUUUUGUCUCUAUCCUUGACCUUUUUAAAUGAAGAAAUGCACCUGUAUGUGUAUGAUUAUGCUUUGAGGAUUACACGGGAUUUAUUAAGAUGCAAGCCAACAAACCUCAGAUAGCCAACCAAACACUAACUGUACUUUCAUUUUCUGUGAUACUUGAGUCCCUCAUUUUGCCUCAAAGUUUUGACUGGAGGGUCUUUUUCAUCGUAAAGUCCAGAUUUGUAUGAUGCUUUGAGUACAUCAGGUUGUUCGAUAUUGGUGCUAUACCAAUAACAAAAAUGUCUCAAGUUCACUAUGGUUGUCUGUUCAUUUGUUGAUACUUGUUUAUAAUCCAUGUAAACAGCUAUGACUAAAGCAUUAAAGCAGAGUUAAGGCAGUUAGCAUAUCUUUUGAUUCUUAAGAGGUCAACUGAGAUUCUUUCCAGAACUAAUAAAGUGUGAUCUCGAAAUAUGGAGCAGUCAAUUUGCUAAUCUUUUUUUUUUAAAGAUUCCUUGUGUUGAUUUUGGAUAGUAUGCUCACAAGUGAUCUUAUCUGCUACACUGUUAGGGUCUUCAUCAGAGAUGUUUUAAUAUGUUGGUCUGUAAAUCUCUGUUCAUGGUGCUUGAUGGUGUAAGACAAAGCUUUGAUGGCAGAAAGGUAAUAAUCCAUCCUUGAUUUAAUAGUAGUGUUCAGUGUUCUUAAUUGUUGUUAGGAUGUAUAAGUGGUCAUUUCCUAAAGCUUUGCUUUCCCAUGUUUGGACAGUUAUUGUUGCAACCAUUAGGUAACAUUAUCAUGUUUUUGGACACGUUACUUCAAUGUUCACUCUACGUUUGUUUCUCACCAUCUGUGUGACAUGACAAUCACUGUUAUACAUGGGAAGUAGUGGAAUUGUUUAUGCAAACCAUUAACAGCUGACUAAUAUUCGGCUCAAAAGGCCCAGUGUGAAACUAGUAAUGCCAUGCCUUGAAAGAGCUAAAAUAUAGUCUUCACUCAGUCACCUGUCAACCAAAUAAUGUUUGUCCGAGGCAAAAAAAAUGUUCUGGUUGUAAUGCCCAUAUCACAGGUUUUAUGAGAGACAAGUUUAUUUUUUUAUGCUAAGUGCCUAAAAUGUGAUGCACCAGGUCGACACUAUAUUGUACUGUAUUUACCUCCUUGCAGUUCCUUCU